AUGGAGUUCUUUAUGGUUGCAAUAUUCAUAAUUCUCUUGAUAGAGAUUAUUGUUUGUACGACAGCAAUGCUACCAAUAUCAAUGAACAUGAGAAAGUCUAUAUUCUCAGGUUUGAGCAGAUUGUUGGAUGGCCACACUACCAAGAUCAUCUUCCGCGUCGUCUUUGUCAUCCUGCUCGGUAUCUUUGCCGACUCGAUCCAGAACUCAUUGGCCAUCGACAAGAAGAUCCACAACGAGGAGCACGCCCACGAGCGCAACAGCCUCUACCUGCGUCUGUUCAGAUUCCAGCGCAACAUCUACUUGACCGGCUUCACCCUGUACCUCUUCUUCCUGAUCUACCGCGCCCAGUCGGUCGUGCAGCAGCUGACCUCUGUCGAGAACAAGAGCAACGCCGUCAUCAAGCAGGCCGAGCAGAACAAGACCCAGACCGACAAGAUGCUUCGCGAGAACAAGGAUCUCGAGGACGAGGUUGCCAAGCUGCGCAAGAUGGAGAAGGAGUUCAAGGCCAUGAAGUCCCAAUCAGAGGGUUUGACACGCGAGUACGACAGGCUCAAGGCUGAGUACGAUGAUCUCAAGGGCACCAAGUCCAAGGUUAGCAAGAAGGUUGAU